CAAUUCAGCUUUGUCUCCCUGCCUACGGAUGUCCUGGAAAUAGAAGUUAAAGACAAAUUUGCAAAGAGCCGACCGAUCAUCAAGCGUUUCCUGGGAAAACUCUCUAUGCCGGUUCAACGCCUCUUGGAAAGACAUGCCAUAGGGGACAGGGUUGUAAGCUACACGCUGGGUCGCAGGCUUCCUACAGACCAUGUCAGCGGCCAGCUGCAGUUCCGAUUUGAGAUAACGUCUUCCAUCCAUCCAGAUGAUGAAGAGGUCUCCAUUAGUGCAGAUCCUGAGCCGGCUGACCUCCAGGAAAGCCCUGUGAACAACCCCACGGAGGAAAGCCUCGGUGAGCCUCCAUGCAUCAUCAACACAGUGACCUCAGAAAGUACAGCUCCAGAACAGCUAAAUGGAUACGAUAGCCCAGGGGCUGUCAAAUCACCUGGGGAAGUCAACCAGAACAGCUUAAAUGAAGAGCUAGCAGGAGAUGGGGAGGUUGAUGCGGUGCCAGUUCCUGAGCCCCUGGAAUCCGUCCCGGGAGAAGUGCUGCCUUCUUUGAGUGCUACGGACCUCACGGAUCAGCUGGCUCUGCUGGCUUGCAUGUCUCCUCCUGAGACUGAAGUUAGGGAAAAUAAUAAAGCCAAUUCUGGUACUCAGGGAGAUGGUGGCAUCUCGACCAGCAUAGAAACAUUAGAUACUGAUGAGGUGAGUGCAGAUGUGCAUGCUGGCAAGGACCUAGAGAAGAGUCAGGAAGAAGAAGGGGCUUCAGCCCAGGAGGAGGAAGACAACAAGCUACAGCUGAGGACCACAGCAAAGAGGAAAAACAGGCCAUGCUCCCUGCCCGUGUCUGAGCUUGAGACAGUCAUAGCUUCAGCUUGCGGUGAGCCGGAGACCCCUCGCACGCACUACAUACGGAUCCACAACCUGCUCCACAGCCUGCCCUCGGCACGGAUGAGCAGCGAUGGGGAAGAAGAGCAAGAUGAUGGGGAUAACAAUGAGGAGUCUACAGUCAAGGAGGUGCUGGAUAAGGAGGUGGUCAGUGAGAGUGAGACAGUGGCAGCAGAACCUCCUCUGGAAAAUGAGGCUGAGGAGAACUUCAGCCAGAGCACAGUGCCUCCUGGGACCUUGGAUGAGCAACUCUCUGACUUAAACGACGGGCUGUUGGAUGGGGAACUCCCCAGGACAGGAAGCGAGAGCGAGUCGAGCUCCAGGCCCAACGGUGACAACGAAUGCGAGGCGUGCGACACCUCUUGCUACAGCCCCUCUUGCUACAGCACCUCCUGCUACAGUACCUCCUGCUACAGCACCUCUUGCUACAGCACCUCCUGCUACGACAGUAACAAUCGCUUCUCCAGCCACACACGCUUCUCCUCCGUCGACAGUGCAAAGAUUUCCGAGAGCACGGUCUUUUCCUCACAGGAUGAGGAGGAGGAGGAGAACAGUGCUUUUGAGUCAGUGCCAGAUUCAGUACAGAGCCCUGAGCUGGACAGGGAGCAAGUGGAUGGCUCCUCCCAGUGGCCAGAUGAACUGGUAGCUCAUGGUGGGGAUCCACAGAGAGCCACAGAGGGUCUAGACACCCCAGUAGCAGGUCCAAGCAGCAGAAGAGAAGGUGAUUGUCCUUUACUCCAUAAUUCUCAGCCAGUCAGCCAGCUUCCUUCUCUGAGGCCUGACCAUCAUCACUACCCAACUAUCGAUGAGCCUCUUCCGCCAAACUGGGAAGCUCGGAUAGACAGCCACGGGAGGGUAUUCUACGUUGAUCACGUUAACCGAACCACGACAUGGCAGCGCCCCACAGCCGCAGCAACGCCAGAUGGGAUCCACAGGUCUGGCUCCAUCCAGCAAAUGGAGCAGCUGAACCGGCGGUACCAAAAUAUCCAGCGAACCAUUGCAACAGAGCGGACGGAAGAUGAUGCUGUAGUAAACAACAGGGUGGAGAGAGUUCCCACCGGAGGAGGAAGUGACUCUGAGGCAGAGCCUUCCCAGCCAAGCUCAGAGAUUAGGAGGGAUGGUUCCCUUUCUCCUGUGAAUUCUCAGAAAAUCACCUUGUUGCUGCAGUCUCCAGCUGUGAAGUUUAUCACCAAUCCCGAGUUCUUCACUGUGCUGCACGCGAACUACAGUGCCUAUCGAGUCUUCACUAACAGUACCUGCUUGAAGCAUAUGAUUCUGAAGAUCCGUAGAGAUGCUCGUAAUUUUGAGCGCUAUCAGCACAACAGAGACCUGGUAAAUUUUAUCAACAUGUUUGCUGAUACCCGACUGGAGCUUCCUCGCGGCUGGGAGAUAAAAACCGACCAGCAAGGCAAGUCUUUCUUCGUUGACCACAACAGCCGUGCUACCACGUUCAUAGAUCCUAGGAUCCCGCUCCAGAAUGGUCGUCUCCCUAAUCACCUGACUCACAGGCAACAUCUUCAGCGACUUCGUAGCUACAGCGCUGGAGAGGCCUCCGAAGUCUCUCGAAACAGAGGAGUUACUCUGUUGGCCAGACCAGGCAAUAGUCUCGUAACAGCUAUUCGAAACCAGCACCAUCAUGAGACAUUACCUCUGGCUUACAAUGACAAGAUUGUUGCAUUUCUACGCCAACCCAACAUUUUUGAGAUGCUGCAGGAGCGUCAGCCCAGCUUGGCCAGAAACCAUGCACUCAGGGAGAAGAUCCAUUACAUUCGGACAGAGGGUACACAUGGGCUUGAAAAGUUGUCCUGUGAUGCAGAUUUAGUAAUUCUGCUGAGCCUUUUUGAAGAGGAUAUUAUGUCUUACAUACCACUGCAGGCUGCCUUCCAUCCCGGUUACAGUUUCUCUCCUCGCUGCUCACCUUGUUCAUCACCCCAAAAUUCUCCAGGCCUGCAGCGAGCAAGUGCGAGAGCACCUUCUCCAUACAGGAGGGACUUCGAAGCCAAGCUGCGCAAUUUCUAUCGAAAACUUGAAGCCAAAGGGUAUGGGCAAGGUCCAGGUAAAAUUAAGUUAAUUAUACGACGUGACCACUUGCUGGAAGGCACCUUCAACCAGGUAAUGGCAUAUUCCCGCAAGGAGCUCCAGCGGAACAAACUCUACGUCACGUUUGUUGGCGAGGAAGGGUUGGACUACAGUGGCCCCUCCCGAGAAUUCUUCUUCCUUCUGUCUCAGGAGCUCUUCAAUCCCUAUUAUGGGCUGUUUGAGUAUUCAGCCAACGACACUUACACUGUACAGAUCAGCCCCAUGUCUGCCUUUGUUGAAAACCACCUGGAAUGGUAA